AUGUGCUGCCCAAACGGAUGGAAGCUAGUCCUCUGCAGCAGCCGGCACCUGACCGCGGCCGAAAAGAACUACAGCACACUGGAGGGAGAGGCACUCGCGAUAGCCUGGUGUCUCAAGAAGACCCACUUGUUCCUCUUAGGCUGCAAAAACCUAACCUUCAUCACCGAUCAUAAGGCGCUCACCAAAAUCUUCGGUGACAAGGAGCUGAAGGACAUUCACAACCCCCGCAUCCUCAACAUCAAAGAAAGGACCCUGAUGUAUAACUUCCGGGUCAAGUACAUCAAGGGGAAAAGCAACUGCGCCGCGGACGCUCUCUCGCGCUACCCAGCAUUAGCAAGCGCACCAGAGGACUCAGACGAGGCUGACGAUGAAGCAGUGUGCGCUGUCAUGGUCGCCGCGGCAGCAGACGCCUCUACGGACGAUGUGGGUCAUGUGGUAGACCUACGUCAUGUGGAGGAGGAGGCAGUCAGAGAUGAGGAAUAUCGGCUCCUCCAUGAGUGCGUGGCCAAUGAUGGUUGGGCCGCCCUCAGACGCACCGUGCUCGCCAAUCUCCACGCCGGUCAUCAAGGCAGAGACUCAAUGCUUCGCAGAGCCAGGCAGUCUGUAUACUGGCCCGGCAUCGACGCAGAAGUGGAGCAAAAACGACGCCAGUGCCAGGUGUGCGAGAUGCACACGCCCUCUCAGCCAGCCGAGCCGCUCCUGCCCACCCCACCACCCCAGUUACCGUUUCAACAAGCCGUGGCCGACCUGUUUCAGCUACAAGGCAAUGUGUACAUCGCCUACGCCGACCGGCUGACAGGCUGGCUAGAAGUGGAACACCUGUCUGGGGAAGCCACCAGCUCCCGCCUCAUCACGUUGUUCCGGCGGUGGUUCACACGCUUCGGCAUCCCUGAAGAGCUCUCAUGUGACGGGGGCACCAACCUCACUAGCCACGAGUCAAGAAGGUUCUUCGAGGACUGGCGCGUCACCCUACGAAUCUCAUCAUCCCACUACGCCCAAUCUAAUGGGCGUGCAGAAGCAGCUUACCUGAACACACCCCUGCACGGCCUCGACGCAUCCCCAGCGCAGCUGCUGACAGGCAGACAGCUGCGAGAUGCCAUACCCAUAGAGAGCUCUCACUACCUCAUCAACGAGCAGUUGGGCAGAACACUGCGCGAUUGGGAACGUGCCAUGAUCCACACAUCAGUCAACUCAUCAAUACGGCAUGACCAGCAAGUCCACAGUCUGACACCCUUGAGGCCCGGGCAGCGAGCAUGCAUCCAAAACCCAUCUAGCGGGCGGUGGGAUCGGGUGGGAACCAUGCUCAAGCUGUCCGCACCCCGCCAGUAUCUUCUACGACUAGACGGCAGUGGGAGAGCGUCCAUACGGAAUAGACGUCAUCUUCGUCCUCUUACCGGUGAACCACAGCUGUCAGAUGACUCAACUGAAUCCCCUACACCUGUGCGCGUCACCACACCACAGCCCCGUCGCACCCAGCGAGCACCAAGGCACCUUGAUGAUUAUUUCUUGAACUCUCCUGUGUAG